UCUUUUACUACAAACACAACUCCCACUAUGCAUUUAUUUUAGCUUCUUCUCUUCAAACACUUCCCUUUCUCUUCUUCUCUUCUCUUCUCUUCAUGGCUAAUGAUUACUGUAUGUCUCUUUUGGGAGCCAUGGAUCAUCUUUGGUUCCACCAAAUCAUUCUUCUCUCGCCGCCCUUUUCGCUAAUCGCCUCUCGAGGCCUCGAAACGCCUCGGCCCGCUUUAACGGACGCUUUUAAGUCCUCCAUUUCAUCUCUUGAAGAUGAGAAGGAUGAAGACCAAUUAUCUACCGAUUUUUCGCCUACUACAGACGACUCGUCAGGAUCACCACCAAGAACUCCUCAGGGUGAUGAACAGAAGCUCAUUGGUGCAAAGCAAAGACCAAAGAGGUCAAGCUUCGCCAGCAGAAGAAACCGAUCACAUUCUUCGUCGCCAUCGAGUAAAAGAUGCGCGGGAAAUCUCAGAUCCUCGGGUGCAACAAGUACUAGACUAGAGAAAUUUAUGACCUACAGGAGUUUGGGAGAUCUAGAACUAAGAGAAGUUAAAGGGUUUAUGGAUUUGGGAUUCAUAUUCAAGAAAGAGCAUUUAAGCCCGAGAAUGAUGAGCUUGAUACCGGGUUUACAAAGGCUUAAAGUGUACAAAAGCAAGGAGAAUGGUUCUGAAAAUCUUGAAGGAGAUCAAGAAGAAGAAGAAGAGGAAGAAGAGAGAGGUGUAAUUAGGCCAUAUUUAUCUGAAGCUUGGCUUAUAAAGAGACCAGGUUCGCCAUUACUAAAUCUAAGAGUUCCAAGAGUCUCAGCAGCCGCUGACAUGAAGAAACACCUGAGGUUUUGGGCUAGAAUUGUUGCAUCUGAAAUUCAGUAGGAAUAAUAUUCAUAUAUCAUCACGGUAAUUAGGUGUUGGAUUUUCCAAUAAACAGAGAUUUUGAAAAGAUGUCAUAAGUGAGACACUCUUUGUUUGUUGUACUAAGUAUGCAAACAUAGCGAGAUUUGAGAAAAUAGAUAAUGAGGAGUGUUAGCUAUCUGCACUCGCGAGUGGCACGAGUUUAAAAUUUGAGCCACACUUUGAUGUGGAUCCAACAACAUGGCCCGCAUAAAUUAACGGUCCAGAUUUUGGAGUCAUGAGUAGAUCCGAGUGCAAGUGGCAUUUUUUCAUACAUGUGUUUUG